ACAAAGUUCGUGACGUCAUGCGCCCAUGUGCUUAGAUUCGGUCUCUGGAUUUGUAUUGAGCAUGCGCUGAGAUUUAAUGAAAAAGUAAAUAUUGCGGUAAUCAUGUCUACUCUAAGAGGCAGAAACACUGAGGAUGCUGGAAUGUCUAUAGAAGAAAUAGUUCAAGGCAUUUGUAGUCAGGGUGCUCAUAAACAAUUGAUUGCUGCUCAGAAUGCCAGAGAGAUACUUUCCAGGGAGACUUAUCCACCUAUAGAUACAAUGAUUGCUAAAGGAGUUGUUCCCAUGCUCGUUCAAGUUCUUAUAUGUCAUGAUAAUGUCCCCUUACAAUUUGAAGCUUGUUGGGCACUAGCUAUUAUAACAUCUGGCAAUUUCACCCAAAGAAGAGCUGUUGUUGAGGCAGAAGCAGUCCCUAAUUUUAUAAGUUUGUUAUCUUCUCCACAUGUUAAUGUUGCAGAGAAAGCUGUAUGGGCCUUAAGAAACAUUGCAGGUGAUGGUGUUUACUUAAGUGACUUAGUUAUUAGAAAUAACAUUAUACCUCCACUACAAGCACUACUGACACCCAACACUUCACUACCGUUGCUACGCAAUAUUAUGGGGAUUUUGUUAAAAAUUAGCAUUAAUGAAAUUCCUCCUCCGGAGCCUUUAGGAUUGUUUGUUUUGCUGCAGGUAUGCCUACUCAAAUCCAAGCUGUUAUUGAUAAUGAACUCGUGAAUAUUGCCAUUGAUGUUCUUCAUAAGGGUGAUUAUAAAAGCCAAAAGGAAGCCAUCUGGGUUGUUGAAAGGAUCACAACAUAUGGUACAAUAGAACAGAUUAUGUUUUUGGUCAGAGCUGGUGUCAUCCCACCUGUUUGUAACUUUCUUGCUGUUAAGGAUCCAGAAUUUAUAAUUGUAGCUUUGGAUGCCAUAGAAGAUAUUCUAAAUGCUGCUUUCAAUGUAGGUACAACAGAAAGUGUCUGCUGCAUUAUAAAACGAUAUGGUGGCUUGGACAGAAUUGAAAAUUUACUACACCGUGAGGAUCCAAAAGUGCAUGAAUCAGCAGUUAGAAUUAUUGACUGUUACUUUACUGGAGAGGAGGAAAAUGAUGAAGAUAUUAAACCAAAAGUAGAUGAAACCCGUGCUUGAGUUUAGUGGUCCCAUUGCUGCACCCAAUGGAAGAUUUUCAUUUUGAUAAUUAGUUUUCAUAUAAAAAGGUUUUUAAAAUGUGAUUUCAGAUUAGAGUCUAGCCUUUGCCUGUUGAACAGCUCGCUUCAUUCCUCAAAUGAACUGUAUCAAAUGUAAUACUGUAUAAAUGUAUCAAAUCAAACUGUAUCAAAUGAACUGUAUCAAAUGAACUGUAUAAAUGUAUCAAAUAAAUCUCUAAAAUGGAGCCGCCAUCUACUGGGCAGAAUUGAAUUUUUUUCUCUUGAAAAUUGUAUGAGUUGACAUUAAAAACUGAAACUAUGUGUUUGAUACUUUUAUUUAUGACUUUGCUUAAAGCUUAUAAUUCUGCUUCUGUGUUUUUUUAAAAUUGUGUUUAUAUUGUGAUAGCUUAGGCCCUCUAAUUUUUUUCUCUUCAUGUGAACUAAGACUGUUUCCUUAUGUUAUGAUAUAAGGCAUUCUUUGAAUCUAACAUUUAAUAAGUUUUUAAAUUUUAGUAACAUGAAGUUGGUUACUGUAUUGUGAUAUUUAACUCUUUGCGUUUUAGUUCGAAUUCAAAUGUAAAAAUUUUGUCAAUAAUAAAAACUUAAAUUUUUCCCUUCUGUUUUUUGUUAUUCUUAAGUAGGUGCUUCCAGUGCUGCAAGUGCUGCGCCAAUUGUGGAAAUCUGUGCCUACAUGCUCCAAAUUGAAGUAUUUGGCUUAAAUUGCGUCAAAAAGGAUAUUUUCCCCAUGGGUAUCGCCAAGUCACAAUUUUGCAGCAACCAAGCUACUGCCAUGUGGGGGGUUGCUCUAGAUUCUGUGGGAAGGAUUCUUGCACUCUGAUGAGCAAUUCUGCUUCAUUUUGCAAGAUAUUCUCGAUUUCAGGCUUCAUUUUCUUCCUCUGAAAAAGGAGCCAAAACUUCUAUCGAAUUUUCUGGGACCAACUAAACAUUGCCAAAGUUUAAUAGCAAAAGAAAAUUUUAUUUCUCUUGUUAAUUUCAUCGAUAUUGAAGUGCCAUCAUCUUCGUUAAUGGCAAGCUAAUGGCUUUCUUGCGCUAUUCUAUCUAUAGAUUAGUUCCAUGAUCUUUGAAUUAACUUGGGGACCAUUCACUAAGUACAUAUUUUUAUGUUAAUCCUCAGAGCAGUCACAAAGUUUUAUAACCUCAAAAUUUUCAUAUCCCUUCUAUUCAUUUAAUUUCAUAAAGAUAUGUAUUAAUUGAGUUUCUUAAAAGUUAAUUUUUAUCCGAGGGACCAUCCACUAAUUGUAUAUUGUUUUUAAACAUUUAUUUUACUUUUUUUAGUGAUAUUUUUUUUUACUUACUGCAUUUUAUUAUUGUAUUAUUACUUUCAAAAUUUUCAGUGCUCUUAAUUUGUUUUAAGAACUUAGUUAUAUUUAGAGGCAAGAUUUUAAAUAAGUAUUAAGAGAGGGGCUUUAAAUAUUUUAAAUGAAGCAAAAAAUCUUAUGUUUUUCAGAUUUGUCAUUCAAAAACACUUUAAUUCAUCUCUUAAUGAUUUUAAACAACCUGGUGCUUUUUGCAAGGUUCGCUUUAUUGGGUUCAAAAUUGGUCAAUUUUAAUCUUAAAUCCCCUCGAAACCCCACAUUUAAUUUAUUUCUGAACUUAGUUCAGAUUGAAUUUACGUGAAAGUUAAAGACUCACAUCAGAUUAAAAUAAUAAUAUUUUCAAAAAUUUUGUAAUUUUCGUAAAAAAAUACAAAGUGUGUAUAGUUUUGUCAUGGUUGUACUAAUCCAUAUUACUAAUACUUACCUUCUUUUUUACAUGUAUUGAUAAUUAAAAUUUAUAUCUGAACUUAACUAAUGGUUUUAUCGAAACAGUAACUAAUUGUCCAAUACUGUAAAAGUUUUAAUAAUGACACAGCAAAUAUUCAACACUGUUCACAGUUUGCAAAGUUAACUGAAACUGCGUACGAUAUUUGCUUUUGUAGCAUCAAUGCUCCUCACAUGUGACAUUUGGACAAGCGCACAUAUGACUUAUAAACCAGAAGUGCUGAGUUCGUACCACUGCACACUGGUACGUAAAUAAUUGUUUCACCCGAAUAAAUAUACAUUUUGUUGAUUUAAGUUCUAUAAGGAAACUGAUAUUAAGUAAAUUAUAAAAAAAUUCACAAAUUUUACAUGCUCAAUUAGGUAUGUGUGAUGAUUUGCGUAUUAAGAACUGAUUUUUCUUCGACCCCCGCUUUUGUUAAAUAGACCCCUGGGGGUCUAUAUAGACCACUUUGGCUGAUCUAAACAACAGUUAAUAAAAUGUAAUUGGAAGAAUUAAAUUAUGGCUUAUUUAAUUCUAAAUACUUGCAGUUUUUCACUAGAACAUCUAGUAAACAGAUUGAAAUUUAUGUAACACAUUGUUAAAAAUAGAAUAAUUUUACACAUUAUUUUGAAUUUUAAAAAAACAUUAAUUUAUAUGGAUUUGUAUGGCUAUCACUUAAUAAUAAAUAAACUGAAUCAGGCAAACAUACUGUGAUAUCAUUUAUCAUUAAUUUAUUAUUUCAUUAAUUAUGGUAAAAUACCUAAGGUUUUGUAUUUUCCUGAUGUUAUGCUACAAUUUAUUGUUAUAGUUUCUAAUUGUACUAAAGAAUGCUGUGAACUCUAUUUUUUAUUUCAUCUAUUUUAUUAAAAAAUAUUUUAUACAUAUCAACACACUUUGUGUAUUUUGUUUAUACACCAAAAAGUUACAUGAGAUAAUCUGGAAAGAAUUUAUUGUGCUGAAUGUUUACAUAAUUUAUUUUUUGUUGAGUGAAAUCACUAUAUUUAAUCAACUCAAUUGUUGUGAUAGAGUUCAUUGCUAUUCCCUUUGAAUGUUUGAUUGUUUUUAUUUUCAAAGCUAAAUAAAUUUUUCCUAUGGCAUUGAGGAUGAAGAUUGUUUUUUAUAAUUUCUAUUUUGAAGUUUUUGUACUUAUCUGCUUUAUAAUUAGAUGCAGUAAUUCAGAUGAGUCUAUUUAAUAUUUUAAAAAAGUGUUCACAUAAGUUUUGAUACAAAAUUAAAGCGUGAUAUCACUAUUUAGAAUAAUUUUAUCAUGUUGUUUAAACAAGUUUUGUUGUAUCACUUAAAGUAAAUGACAUUGAUUUUAAUUAAUUCUGUUUUAAACUUUAUGAAAUGAAGAUUCUAACUUACGAUGCUGAAUCAGAUAUAGUUAUGUCAUGUGUUAAUGAAGUGUAUGUUAAGAGAAUAAUUGUUCAAUAAUAUGCAAUGAUGUUAUCCAUUAUAAAGAAUACUACAUUGUAA